GUAUUAAGCGGCGUCGCUCGCAGAAAUACGGAUCAGUAGGGUUGAACUGGCGCAAAGGGGUGUUGACUGCUUUUGCCGAAUCAGUCGUCCAGUCCAGCGCAAGAUGCGUACGAGAACAACAACAAUCAGGCUCAGAGUGGCUCCUGAAGGUGUCCAGCUAGCAAUAAUUACUCUUUUAGCGUUGCUGUUGCAGGUGAUUGAGCUCAGCUUAGCGCGUUUGCAACCGGCAGAGAACUUGUUUCCAACCGAUGUCAACAACGCGUUGUUGCCGAACGUUAGAAAAAGUUUAAACGAUUGUCAUCUGCGGUAUCACAAGUAUGGUGAUUAUAAUCUCAUAUAUCCGAUUUUUGGAGUGCCUGUACGAAUUGGAGAAUUUGCGCAUAUGGCAGCCAUCGGUUGGACGCAACCCAACGGUGAAGUGGAUUUUAAUUGCGGAGGAUCUUUGAUAACUUCCCGGCACGUUGUGACUGCAGCUCACUGUGCCAAUCUUGAUCAGCGUGCACCGGAUGUUGUUCGUUUAGGGGUGAUCAAUAUUAAUGUGAGCAUCACUGACCCGAGCAAUAAUCGCGCCCAGCAGUUUCGUAUCACAUCGAUCAAACGUCAUCCCGAGCAUCGUUUUACGUCGGCGUACAAUGAUAUUGCGUUGAUCACACUCAAUUCGGAAGUCCAGAUCAACGACGCAGUAACGCCAGUUUGUCUUUGGGAUCAAAGUGAGGUCAAUUUCCCCACCCUUGAAGCCGUGGGUUUUGGUCAGACUAGUUGGGGUGGCUCUAAAACGCCGGUCCUUCUCAAGGUCCGACUGUCUCCAGUGAGCAACGAUGAAUGUCGCAUUCAUUACCCAACUGAACGACGACUUCGUCAAGGAAUUCAAGACACGCAGGUGUGCGCCAAGGACAGUAAAAUGGAUACUUGCACCGGCGAUUCCGGUGGACCACUUCAAAUAAAACUGCUCUCAAAUCACCGAUCAACACCAUACCUGGUUGGAUUGACUUCCUUCGGGGCAUACUGUGGGACAGACACACCCUCGGUCUACACAAGAAUUUCCUCAUUCAUCCCGUGGCUUCAGAACGAAACUAAUGAAUCAUUCGAUACGGCAACGUGCACUUCGCGAUACAUUCAUCUGCGCGAGACGGAUGAUUCGCUGAUCUCCAGCCGUACGGGCAGCAAUCUUUUCAUAGAACCGGAAAAAAGCUAUAUGGACAUCGAAAUACUUCCCAAACAUCGGGUAUACCUAGGGUACCGGGAACGGAGCACCAACCGCAUCCAGUGGAAUUGUGGCGGAGUUUUGAUCAACGAGGACUACGUGCUGACGGUGGCCCAUUGUGAUGGUUUUAUCUGGGAUCAAAGUCCCACUCACGUCAAGGUUGGAGAUCUGGACAUCCACAAAGACCAUCCGGAAGCGCAGAUCAUUCCGAUCGAGCGAUUCAUCAAACAUCCCCUUCAUCGCGAGGGUUGGAUGGAGAAUGACAUUGCUUUAGUCAAAUUAGCUAGGGAUGUCAAGAUAAACCAAAACGUCCUUCCGGCCUGUCUGGUAGACAAUGACCUAACGCUUCCGGCAUAUGAAAUGGCCGGUUUGGGACCAUACAACCUGAACAAUUUUCUCCGCGAUGAAGAGCCAGUCUCCACAAAUAGAACAUUGGUGUUGACAAGAAUGCGGGUGGACGAAACUCGGUGCCAGGGUGUCAAAAGUUCCCAAUAUUUGUGUACCAAGAAUGAAAAAUUUCUUGUACCAAAUACUUGUCGCAUCGAACAUGGAGGAGCCCUGGAACGGGAGAUCUGGCAUUACGACAAGUUCUUCCAGUACGUGUUUGGUCUAGCUGUGGCAGGAAAGGAUUGUGGCUUCGGAAGUGAGGCGUAUUUUAUUCGAACCUCGACGCACAUCAAAUGGAUUGAAUCGAUCGUGCUGGGCAAGGAUGCUGUUCUGCGGAGAUCCGUUCGUCAGAUCUUUUUCCCGGGACCUACUUCGACAGGAAGCGCAGAAGUUGCUUCCGAAGGGCAACCGUGUACGACCAUUCAGAACACCCCUGGUAAGUGCCGAGUGUAUAACAAAUGUCCGAGUGUUAUGAGCUCUAGUUAUCCAAUAGUAAAAAUGUGCCAAAAUGGAUUGAACCCGCUUGUGUGCUGCCACGAGCCACAACAAUCAACGGCUGUGUCCAGAGAACGGUACACUGUGAAGAAGUGCGUCACCUACUGGAGACAGAUGAAGCGACCGGAAGACGAUGAAUACGAGAGUAUACCUUCGGAAGGCCGUCCGGUCCAGGAACAGGAACAUCCUCAUUUGGCGCUCAUUGGAACGAUCCUUUCCUCCGGCUCUAUCCGGUGGAGUUGUAUAGGUGUACUUAUAAGUGAUCGAUUUGUACUGGCAGCCUCCAACUGUAUGGAAUCUACCAACCGAAUUGUAGUGCGAUUGGGCACAAGUCAAACAAAAUCCUCAACGGAUAGCUCAAAAGAUCUAGCAGUCAAACAGAUUCUGGUCCCUCCAGGGUCCGGAUCCGGAUUGGCCAUUUUCGAAUUGAGCUCCACUAUCACCUUCAGCAGUAACAUACUUCCGGCGUGUCUGUGGCCAAACACUAAUUCUGUUGCCCUCAAACUGUAUGUUCUUGGAUUAAGUGAAGAUCAGAUCAAUGUUCGUCCUCGCUUGGCGAAAUACAAUCAAGACUGCAGAAAGAUGUUCAAACCGAGAAGUCUGGUGGAAGGGGAACACAUUUGCGCCGAAAAUUACUACUCCAGUGAUGACACUUGUCAAGAUCGUACCGGUGAUCCGAUCGAGGCGAUGAUCUCGUCUGGAAAUAUCAAAAUUUCUCUCGUAGUUGGGUUUACCAUGGAGCAGAUUGGCUGUAGCAAAACGGCCGGCGGUCGAAGCAGUGGCGAUACGAUUUCAAUCUACACCAGACUGACCGCACACAUGGACUGGAUCCGAGCGAUUGUGGAGUCCUGAAAUGUGACAGCAUAGCUACUGACAUAAAUAUCUAUGUUUUUCAAACUGACAUACUUACAUGGUCUGUUUAAGUACAGACAAUUGGCUGAGGAAAUAAAUAAGGUUACACCAUAGGCUAAUCUCUUAUAUUAAAGCG